AUGUCGGAUCAAGAGAAAGUAAUUCUAACUUUAGUUGAACUUCUUAAAAAAAAUUCGCUACACAUAACAUAUCCAGAUACUAUUGAAAACAAUAAUAAUGAUGAUCAUGAAGAUGAUGAAUGUAUAAAAAAAUUAACUAAAAAUCGUUAUAAAUUAAUUUACAGUAUGUGUCAAGCUACAAAAGUAAUGGAUUAUCUUGAGUCUGUCGGUGUUAUACCCCGUUCUGUUUGUUCACGUAUUCUUCAUCAAUAUCCAGUACCGGAAGAUCGUAAACGUGAAUUAAUUAAUUUCUUACUUAGUCGUGGUAAAAAUGCGUUCAGACCUUUGAUCGAAGCACUUUAUCUAGCUGGUAAUCAGCAUCUUGUUCAAUUACUUGAUGAAAACUUUCUCUUGAGUAAUAUUCGCCAACGACUUGAUGCUGAAUAUCAUUUUCCAACUGUUAUCGGAGGACAAUCAACAAUACCAACAAGUAUCGAAGAUGAACAAUUACAUAAUAUGAAUACGAAUAUUGAAUCAUUCGAUAAUAAAAUUUCCAUUGAUGAUUUAAAUAAUAUCGAAAUAACAAAAUUUGAAGAUGAAGUACCAAUGGGGUUUGAAGUGCAAUUGUUAACAGCUGAUUUAAUUGAACAAUAUCCUCAAUUAGAUCCAACAAAACGAUUAGAUAAAUGUUAUCGAAUGUUGAGUAAACCUCGUGGUUAUUGUUUAUUAAUUAAUAAUGUUGAUGCUUUUAAAACUAUGGAAAUUCGACAAGGAUCAGAUGUUGAUGCAAGUAAAUUGAAAAGUUUAUUCGAACAAAUUGGUUUUAUUGUUUUACUUCGACGUAAUCUUAUUUAUACAGAAAUGAUUACUGUUAUAGAAAAUUUUGCUAAUUUAAUUGAAGAAAAAAAAGAUUCAUGUGAUUGUGCUAUUAUAAUUAUUUUAAGUCAUGGUGGAAAUGGAACAAUUUAUGCUGUUGAUGAACUUGCAUUAAAUGUUGAUGAACAUAUUAUAUCUGUAUUUGAUGAUCAUUUAAUAGGAAAACCAAAAUUAUUUAUUAUACAAGCUUGUCGUGGAUCACAAUGUAAUAAUCGUUCAAUCGCAUCAAUGUCUAAUACUCGAUGGUCAUCAGAUAGUAUAACAAAUGAAAAUUCUCGAACAAAUGUUGAUAGUGGUGGUUAUAAAACAACAAUGGUACCUAUACGCAGUGAUAUGGCAAUUUGGUAUUCAACUGUCAAAGAUUAUGUUUCAUGGCGUUCACCUGACGAUGGUAGUAUAUUUAUUCAAACAUUAAUUACAGUCUUUGCUCGAACAGCAUGGUAUUAUGAUUUAGCAAGAAUGGUUACUUGUGUUAAUCGAACAAUGGAUGAAAAAUUUCGAGCUCAUGAAUCCACACCAUUUCAAACACCAUGUUUCGAAUGUCAUCUUCGUAAUGAUUUGUACUUCAAUCCAGGUUGUUGCAAUGAAAACAGAUGA